AUGACGGACACCACGACGACAAGCCUGCUCGACCAGGUCCGCUCAGGCCACUACGUCCCCGUCCUCACCACCGAGCCCGCAAAGACGCUCAUCAAGUCAUACGUCAACACCCUCUACGACUCCGAAUCACAGCAGCAGAAUGUCGUCGACACACCAGUCCAGGACAAACUUGCCGUCGCCCUCUCAGCAUUCAACACCUUCCUGCAAAUAAACGUCACCGGCCCUGUUCCCGAUGGUCUUGCCCAAGUCGAGGACGAGUUCACCACCGCAGCAUCCAGCAAAACUUCCAAGAGCAAGCCCCUUCAACAAACUCGCAAACUUUGCUUCUCGUCUCUCGACGUCGAUGGCGUGUCGGUUUAUCAGUACAUUCCCUCCAUUGAACUGUUCGGCCUGGCACGAUGGGUCCUCAGCACGCAAUUGGGAGAGGAAGCGGAGGUCAAGGGAUUGGAAGGCGAGCCGCUGGAGUGGUUGAAGUUGAGGGUUGAUGUCUGGCAUUACAAGCUCAUCACCCAGCCUAGCUUGGGACCAGGGAGCAUCUUCAACAAGAUUCUGCAAUGGUGCGAGGUGCCGAGCUUGCAGGGAAAGAUUGAGCAAGGAUUGGAGGUUGUCCAAGGGGAAGUCACAGGGAAGGACAACAAGGAGAUGGAAGUCAAGUGGCUGGUCGAAAAGGCCAAUGUGCACAUCAUGUUGGGACAAGAUGUAAAGGCGAAGGAAGCGAUUCAAAAGGCGGCCGAGGUCAACAAGUUCCAGUACAUGUUGAGCGGUGCGCUCGGAAAGAGGACCAAGUUCCAGGAAAAGGCCACGAGUCAGCUUGUGGUUCUUGCCAAGAGUUCGGAGGAGAAGAAGGAGGACGAGGAGACAGACGCCAAGCCCAAGGCCGUGGAACUCAACGACGACACUCUGUUGGACGACCUGCAGUUCACCAAGGGCGAGCUGGGAAAACACGGCGAAACAGACGACAAGACUGGCCUUCCUGCGGAACUCAAGGACCUCGAGCCCGAUGCGCAACCCCAGCUUUCUCCGCUGGAUCAGAUCAUCCUGCUGACCGAGGCCACGCUCAAGGACGCCUUCAGCCCUAGCGAUUCCCUGACCUCCGAGGAGGUCUUGCCUUUUGCCGUGAGAGUCAUCAACGACAAGAGCACCAACUGGCAGAUCUACACGCAAGCCCUGCUCGUAAGGUCGCGCAUCGAGAUGCAUCGCUCCAGGACCAUCGAGCGCGGUGUCCUCCAGAUGCAGGCCGUGGUUGAUCAGGUAAUUGUCGACACCACUGCGGCUUCUCCCACCUCUGAGUCCAACGAGAAGGAGGAGGAGAAGUCCGACGUCCCGGCCAUCAAGAUCUCGGCCGAUGGAGAAGUCAUCGAGGACAAGGCGGCUGCUGCCAGCAAGCCCACUUCCUUUUUCCCCGCUGCUAAGCCCGAGGAUUCGGCGCCGGCACAUGUCCGUCUGCAGUACAUCCACGCUCUCAGCUCGCCGCCCAGAUGGCAUCUGGAGUCCGAGUUGGCCUACUCGUGGGCUGGAGUUGGUUCGCUGGUAUCGGCCCUCGAGAUCUUCAAGCGUCUUCGCCUCUGGGCCGAAGUCGCCCUCUGUCUUGCUGCCAACGCCCGUCACGACGACGAAGACGGCCGUGGAGCGGGUGGUGAGGAGAAGGGUAAGGCCAUUGUCAGGUGGCGGUUGUUCCACCGCACGGGUGUCACCACUGCUGAGGAAGAUGCCGAGGCGGACGAUGAGGUUGAGAAAGAGACGCUGGAUAUCUCCAACUUCAAGGAGGCCGACUUCCAGGGUCCUGAGCGUGUGCCUCCUCCCCCCAACGCGCCUCGUCUGUUCUGCAUUCUUGGUGAAAUGGAGGACAAGCCAGAGCAUUACGAGCGUGCUUGGGAGAUUUCCGGUCAACGGUACGCCAGAGCGCAGAAGUCGUUGGGCGAGUACUGGCUGUCCAAGCAGCAGAUCUUCAAAGCCCGCGAUGCCUACCGCAAGGCCGUUGUCGUUAACCGCAUGUCUUCCGAGCUUUGGAACCGCCUGGGCGACAUCUCUCUCCGCCUAGGCGACUUUGCCGAAGCUGCCGAGUCCUUCAGCCGCGGUAUCGCAGUCGCUGACAACCUCGCCGGCGGUGAAGACGCCCGCACGUGGUCCAACCUCGGCUCAGCUCUCUACUCUCUCUACGUCGAGCGCGUCAAAGAACUCAAAGCCGAGCGUGAAGCCGCCGCUCUCGCCGCCGAACCCAUCAAGAAGUCCCUUUCCGACGAGGUCCUCCCCGACGAAGACGACACCUGCAUCGCCAACCCCGAGCAAUCCCAAACCGACCCUAGCAAGCGCUCUCCCGCCACUCUCUUGUCUCAAUCCCUAGCGGCUUACAAGCGCGGCGCCUCCAUUGCCAACGACAACUGGCGCAUCUGGGACAACGUCAUCACCCUUGCUUCGCGCGUGCGCCCGCCUGCCGUCUCCGAGAUCAUCCUGGCUCUAAACCACAUCAUCAAGAUCCGGGCCUCCGAAGACGCCCUCGACAUUGCCGUUUUGCACUUGCUUUUGCGCGAGUGCGUCUUCAAUAAGGAGGUGCCCAUUAAAGAAGGGGUGUACGACCCGCCCCGCGGCAGCCAGGAGCGCGCCGUCUGCGAGUUGCUGGAGAAACAAGUCGCGCCGCUGAUCACCAAGAGACACGAGCUCUGGAAACUGCUCGAGACGGCGCGCUACUGGAGGCGCGAUUAUGCGGGUGCCAUUGACGCGGCUGAACGCGCCUUUCGCGCGAUGGUGGGCAUUGCGUCGGCUGGUAGUGGACUGCUUCCAUCUGCGGGGAUGGGCGAAGGGAAUGAGAAGAGCUGGUUGGUGGACCCGAAGGCUUGGGAUGCGUUCGUGACACAGGUCGUGGAGUAUGUUGAGUUGUUGGAAAAUUUUGGGGAGGGGGUGCCGGAGAUUGGAGAGAAGUGGAAGGGGAAGGCGAGACUUGCGAUUAAGAGUGUUCAGGGCAAGGCGAGGGAGGCGUGGGAGGGCAGUGAACCGUGGGAGAGGUUGGAGUCGUUGUUGGAGGGCUAUAAGCGGCGUUGAUUUGAUGGGUUGUGGGCACGGAAUGUGAUGUGAUGUUAGAGCAAUGCAGGAAACAGUUUGGGUUGGUUGGGUACUCCAAAAAAAAGUUCAAAGGUUUAGAAUAACAGGCAAUGGGAUGUCCUUUUACAUG